GUGUUUUUCAGUCGAUAUGUACUAAUUCUUUGAAGAAUUUUCAGUCAAAAUGAAGAUAUUAUUUAUUUUCACAACGAUUCUCUGUGCAUCUGAACUGAUAUAUGCACAGAAAAAUAACAAUUUUGCCAAUGGAAGAAGUGCCAUAGUACACUUGUUUGAAUGGAAAUGGGCUGAUAUUGCUAACGAAUGUGAGAAUUUCUUAGGACCCAAAGGUUUUGCCGGUGUACAGAUCUCACCUCCUAGCGAGAAUGCAGUUAUCGGAGACCGACCAUGGUGGGAAAGGUAUCAACCCGUCAGUUACAUACUGACGACCAGAUCCGGAAACGAAGGGGAACUUGCAGACAUGAUUAGAAGAUGUAAUGCUGUUGGUGUCAGGAUUUACGUGGAUUUGUUGAUGAACGACAUGGCGGCUCAGGGCGGAAGUGGAACUGCAGGGAGUACUUGUGACCCAGGCAGCAAAUAUUUUCCCGCCGUUCCAUAUAAUAGCGAUGAUUUUCAUCCUACAUGCACUGUCAAUAACUAUAAUGACGCGGCGAAUGUCAGAAACUGCGAACUGGUUGGCCUUCCAGACUUGGAUCAGAGCAAGGACGGUGUUCGUCAAAAACUUGUUGCUUACAUUGAUCAUCUAAUCGAUUUGGGAGUAGCUGGUUUCAGAGUUGAUGCUGCCAAGCACAUGUGGCCAGCGGAUUUGGCAGCAAUUUAUGGAAUGGCGAAAAAUUUGAAUACUGAUCAUGGAUUUGCAGAAGGAAGUAGACCUUUCUUUUUCCAGGAAGUUAUCGAUUUAGGGGGUGAAGCAAUCAGCAAAAAGGAAUACAUCGGUUUUGGAACUGUUCUUGAAUUCAAAUUUGGAGUUGAGCUUGGAAAUGCAUUUCAAGGACAUAAUGCACUUCACUGGUUGAAGAACUGGGGCCCAGGCUGGGGACUUCUCGAAAGCGGGGAUGCUGUUGUUUUCAUCGACAAUCAUGACAACCAGAGGGGAGACGACAACAGGAUUCUCACAUAUAAAAAUCCCAAGCCUUACAAAGCUGCAAUAGCUUACAUGUUGGCUCAUCCCUUAUAUACCACAAGAAUCAUGUCCAGUUUCGACUUCAACGCUCAUGAUCAAGGCCCGCCAAGUUCCAAUGGAAACAUUAUUUCUCCUGGUUUCAACGGAGAUGGUACUUGCACUAAUGGUUGGGUGUGUGAACAUAGAUGGCAUCAAAUUACUAAUAUGGUGAAAUUCAGAAACGUAUGUCAAGGAACAGGUCUCAACGACUGGUGGGACAAUAAUGACAAUCAAAUAGCGUUUAGUCGUGGAAACAAAGGAUUUGUCGCUUUCACGGUUAGCGGUGAUAUCAAUACAACAAUCAAAACAGGUCUUCCAGCGGGUACUUAUUGUGAUGUUAUUUCUGGCGACCGCGAAAAUGGAUCAUGUACUGGAAAGUCUGUCAACGUUGAUGGUUCUGGAUAUGCUUCCGUUUCAUUAUCUUCGAACGGUGAUGAUUUUGUUCUCGCUAUCCACGAGGAAUCUAAACUAUGAGACUGAAUUUUGGGUUUAUAAUAAUUGCUAAUAUAUUUCAUUUCGAAAAGA